AUGUGUCUCCGAGAUUAUCGCCCCCCCACUCUGCCUGUUACUACAUACUGUGUGGUCUAUGGCUUCCCCGCUAGGUAUCCCUCAUCCUCCGACCAGUUUCUCUCUCUUCCCGACCAGUUUCUCUCUCUACCCGACCAGUCUCUCUCUCUAUCUGACCAAUUUCUCUCUCUACCCGAUCAUCCCUUCCGUCUCAUCGAUCCCUGGAGAGGGAGAUUAAAUAAUGAGGUGAGAAAAGAUCAAUUAAUGGAGGGUCCCCUUGUAAUUGGACGUAUAAUAGGAGAAGUUUUGGAUCCAUUUACGAGUUCAGUGAGUCUGAGAGUUGUUUAUAAGAAUCAGACAGAAGUUAUCAAUAGUUGUGAGUUGAAACCUUCACAAAUUGUGAACAAACCAAGAGUUCAUAUUGGUGGAGAUGACCUAAGAGUCUUUUACACUCUGAUAAUGGUCAAUCCUGAUGCUCCUAGCCCUAGUCACCCUUCUAUGAAGGAAUAUUUGCAUUGGUUGGUAACCAAUAUUCCAGCUACUACUGCGGCAAGCUUUGGACAUGAAAUCGUGGAAUAUGAAAGUCCACGACCAACGUCGGGGAUUCAUCGUAUUGUUUUGGUGUUGUUUCGACAAUUGGGUAGACAAAUAGUGCAUGCUCCAAGAUGGCGUAACAAUUUCAACACCAAAGAUUUUGCUCAAGUUUACAACCUUGGAUUACCAGUUGCUGCUGUCUAUUUCAACUGUCAACGUGAAAGCGGUUGGGGUGGAAGAAGGGCGUAGAAUUUUUUAGGCUGAAAUUCUUAAUUGGUCCCAUGUUAAGAGGGAAUUUUCAGUUUAGUAUCUGUUUUUAAAAGUGUAUACAUUGGGUCUUCAUGUUUUGCAAUU